AUCCUCACCUGGCCAUGCCGGAGCACAUUCCUCCUAGAAGCGCAGGCGCAGUGGCAUCCUCGUCCUCCAAUGGCCUCACCGCGUCCCCCAGCCCUAGCCAUGGCAAGACUGUCUUCAUCGACAACUACGACAGCUUCACCUACAACAUCGUACAGUUCCUGUCCGAGCUGGGCGCAGACCUCCACGUAUACCGCAACGAUGAAAUCACACUCGAUGAGCUGGUAGCCAUCCAGCCAGCCAGGCUCAUCAUCUCCCCAGGGCCUGGCCACCCCUUGAAGGACAGCGGCAUCUCCAUCCAAGCCAUCCAGCACUUUGCCGGCAGAAUCCCCAUCCUUGGCGUCUGCAUGGGACUGCAGUGCAUCUACGCAGCCUACACUGGAAUCGUAGACUUUGCAGGCGAGAUUCUCCACGGCAAGACCUCAAAGGUCGAACACGAUGGCAAAGGGCUCUACGCUGGCCUGGGCGAAGUCAUCGGAACUCGAUACCAUUCUCUCGCUGCCAACAUCAGCUCACUUCCCGCCGAGCUCGUCGUCACCAGCAAGACUGCAUCAGGUGUGGUCAUGGGCAUCCGACACACCAGGCUCGCAAUGGAGGCCGUGCAGUACCACCCUGAAUCCAUCCUCAGCGUAGGAGGAAGGGAGAUGCUGCAGAAUUUCCUUGGCUGGACUGGACCUACCUGGGCAGACAACCCACAGGCCGGCAUCGAUGCACAAGCCACUAGGAAUGCAGAAAAGACGGCAGCUCCUGUGAUGGCAAUGGGUGGUGCCCCUGAGUCGACAUCCACUGGCGGCGCACCAGCUACUAUCACGCCCUCCUCUGUCGGCACGAUCCUGCAGCGCAUUCAUGCUCAGAGGCUGCGAGAUAUUGCCACCUCCAAGGCCCUGCCUGGCCUGUCUCCAACGGAUCUGCAGCUCUCCAUUGCAAUGCACCUGUCCCCACCGCUGAUCAACUUCCCAAAGCGACUAGCAGCCCGUCGCCAUCUGGGCGUCGUAGGCGUCAUGGCUGAGAUGAAGCGAGCGUCGCCAUCAAAGGGCGACAUUGCACUCGGGGCUCAUGCUGGUGCUCAAGCUCUAGCCUAUGCUCGAGCAGGCGCAGACGUCAUCUCGGUUCUGACAGAGCCAAAAUGGUUCAAGGGGUCGCUGGGAGACCUGGCUCUCGCUAGGCAAGCCGUGGACGGACUGCCGAACCGCCCUGCCAUUCUUCGAAAGGACUUCAUCAUUGACCCCUAUCAAAUCGAUGAGGCCAGGCUAUACGGAGCCGAUACUGUUCUCCUCAUUGUGGCAAUGCUUGAAGACGCUCAUCUGCAGGAGCUCUAUUCUUACUCUGUCGCCCUAGGCAUGGAGCCACUAGUCGAGGUCAACAAUGCAGAGGAGAUGAAGAGGGCCCUCGCCAUCGGCGCCAAGGUCGUCGGUGUCAACAAUCGCAAUUUGCACGACUUUAACGUCGACAUGUCCACCACUUCGCGACUGGCAGACGCCGCACGGGCCGGUGGGGUGACGCUCUGCGCCUUGUCCGGCAUCUCCAAGCGCGCUGAUGUACUUGGCUACCAGCAGGAAGGCGUCGGCGCAGUCCUGGUGGGCGAAGCGCUGAUGAGGAGUCAAGACAAAAAGGCAUUUGUCAACGACCUCGUGGGACUCCCUGUCCCUUCGCAAGCGACAGACCAGCAGCCUCUGGUCAAAGUCUGCGGCUUGUCGACUGUGGACGCCGCCGUCACUGCGACUCUAGCGGGAGCAGACAUGCUUGGUCUCAUCUUUGCACCGAACACGAAGCGCACUGUAUCCCUCGCCAAUGCAGCCGAGAUCAUCUCCGUCGUCCGCUCCUUGCGCGGUGGAGAUGGGCUGAGAAACGCCGCCUUGGCUGCGGAAGCUGAAGUCGUUGCUGCUGCUGCCGACAAGAGCAGCUCUGCAGUGAUCGGCGAAGGUGCCUCUACAGAAGACUGGUUCGACUAUACUGCCCGCACGCUCCGCUCUGCCGUUAGCAAGCACAAGCCCCUCAUCGUCGGCGUCUUCCGCGACCAGUCCGUCGAAGAGAUUGUCCAGGUCGCCUCGACGCUCAAACUCGACGGUGUGCAGCUGCACGGCCGAACAGAGGAGGUAGCCUGGGCUAAGCUUCUACCGGGAGUUUGGGUGACCAAAGUCUUCCACGUAGACGCUCAAGCACGCUUUGGCGUUGGAGCGCUUCGAGAGCUAGGAAGGAGGGGGCAGCACCACCUCGUUGCUCUUGACACCGCUGGCGUGCAGAGUGCAAACGGCGCUGGAGCUGGGGAUGGAGGCACAGGGCAGAGUUUCGACCAUUCUCUCCUCCCCAGUCUCGCCCAGUCCGAACCGGCUCUCACCGCCCUGCGCUCCUCCACUAGCAGCACCGAUGCUACCCCCUCGUCUCUCCCUCCUGCCCACCCCAUUCCAGUAAUCCUCGCCGGUGGACUAACACCAGAGAAUGUAGCCCAGGCGGUACGAGCCGCUUUGGCUGCUGGGGUUCAGAUUUUGGCCGUAGACACUUCUUCUGGUGUGGAAAUUGAAGGGAGGAAGAGUACAGAGAGGAUUCAAGGAUUUGUUAGGGCUGUUAAGGGUUGAGAGAGAAGAAGAUGAAGGAGGAGGGACGAGGGGGAAAAGGAGAGGAGGAGAGGGAAAGAAGACAGAGGAAUAAGGAUUGAGGAACGAGGAUGAAGAGGAUGGACAAGUCCGGUCCUCUGUUUUGCUAUAGAAAUCAUCUUCUUUCAUCAUCAUCAAUAGACGCUCUUCACUCUUCACCACCUUGGGAGAAGAGAAGCACAC